AUGAAGGAAGAUGUCCUUUGUGUAACUGGGGAACCAGAAUGCUGUUUUAUGUUGUAUGAGCAGAAACAUAUUCAACAUUUAUUGCAUUCUUUGCAAAAGGCCAAGGAGAUAUUGGAGCUAGAAAAGGUACAUGUGGAACCAGCAGAAAUUUUGUUAGGCAAUGAACUUACUGGUGUAGACAUCAUAAUUCAACUCACCGAGGGACUUCAAAAGGCUCUAGAUGAUCUUCAAACAAAAUCUGGAGAUAGUCUUUGGAAUAUUUAUGAAGAACUUACAAAUCUUGAAAAGAAGUUGCUACAAAAAAUUUCCGAAUAUAAACUUGCUCCAGUGAAACCCAACAUAUUGGAACUUACAGUUGGGGGACCAGGUGUCAGAGUCAGCAACUUUGAAGUAAGGUUCAGAGAUGCUGAAAUUGCUAUGCUACACAAAUCAGAUCGACGAACUAGAAUUCACCGUGCUACAAAUGACUUACAAAAGAAGUAAUGCGUGCAUUGGCGAUGCACUGGUUGAUGGGGGAAGUUUACAUUGUGAAUAUUACAAAGAAUUAGAAGGCUUGCAGAAGAUGAAGUAGCUGAAAUGUCUCUUAAAGAGGUAGAGGAAUUUGAGAAUAACAGGAUGGUUAAAAAUGCAUGGCGAGUUGCGGAAGAGGUUCAUAUUCGUAUCAAUGGAGAACCAGCACCAAAGGGUUUUAUUGCAUCUGCUGUCUCGGAAAGACCUGGUGUCGAAUUCUUUUAUAACAAGGAGUGGCUAAUGAAAUACAACAUUACUUCAACUACGAAGUGGCCUGAAGUACCUGGGCAUUCAUACUUCCAGAAAAUUGAGAAAUUCUUUGAGAUGCAUUAUGAAAGAGGAGAGUUAUACAUGGAGUUCCUCAAGAAAGAUUGCUUGUCGAAAGUGGGAAGAUCAUGUAAUGCCUGCACAGAGUGGAUAGGCCCUGAGUCUCCAAAGCGAACGCCACGUCCUUUUCCAGACACCUCUUCUUCUCAUCAUUAUCUCCCUUUAGAGAAAACUCCCACCAUUAAUGUUGAUGGUAGCACGAGAGAGCCUGACGAUUUCCAACCAAGAGCACAAUUGCGAAAAUGUUUUUUAACAAGGACAUAAAACUUGGUGACAGUGAGGAAAUUGAAGCAUUUUCAAAACAGUACAUUGUAGGGGUUGAUUUAUUAGAGGAAUAUCUUCAACACCUAACCAACAUAGAAUUAAGAAAAUUAAAAUGAAAGCAAGAAAAGGAGAAGUUGAAGGUGAAUGAAGCUUCAAAAUCUUACAGUGACUAUGACUGGGAGAAACUUUACAAAACAGGAAGGCUGAAAAAUCUUAGAGUAUGCGAACUUGAUAAGUAUGUGCAGCAUUACAAAUUGACCACCAGGAAGCUGACGAAAGCAGAAAAGCUUCAGUUGUUGUCAGCUCGCAUUAGCCAGAGAAUCUGUCAGAAAAUAAUAUCAAAUGCCAAAGCAACAACCUCGCAAGCUCCUUUCAGUCAGUCAGAACAUGAUUCACAAAGUAGUAGCAGCUCACAAGAGUCCAGUAGUGAUGAUGAAGUACCGAACGUAUUUGGCGGUUACUCGAGAGAACAUGACUCAUUUGGAGAUGUGAUAAUGGAUGAGGAUAGCGAUGAGGAUGACUUUCCAGUGCGUGAGAUAACAGUAAACCGUUAUGGACGAAAAGUUGGCAGUUGGAGGUCACGCUGUACACAAGAUGAAUAA